CCGGUUUGUAGAGCGACGGGAACCUAGGGAAGAAGGCUGCAGAAGGAUGCACGGCCUGCCUGGUGCUGGCCCGCCCUGUCCGCCUCCCGAGCCUGUGCUGCCCACCCGCCCGAACUCAUGACGUGCUCGCCCGGCCUUGUGGUACCCCUGCUGGGUCUGGGCCUGGGGCUGGCCCUGAGCCUAGCCGGAGCUGUGGCCGCCGACUGUGGGUCCUUCGCUCCCGCGGAGCAUCUGGCAUUCACUCCAGCAGCCAGGACGCGAUGGUUGGCCCCUCGUGUCCGCGCGCCGGGGCCCCUGGACUCCCUCUAUGGCACCGUGAGACGAUUCCUCUCCGUAGUUCAGCUCAACCCCUUCCCGUCGGAGUUGAUAAAGGCCCUGCUGAAUGAUCCAUCUUCUGCAAAGACGGAUGAGGUGGUUCGGUAUGAGGCAGGCUACGUGGUGUGCGCUGUGAUUGCUGGCCUCUACCUCCUAUUGGUGCCCGCUACUGGGCUCUGCUUCUGCUGUUGCCGUUGCCGCCGGCGCUGUGGGGGCCGAGUGAAGACGGAGCACAAGGCCAUGGCCUGUGAACGCGGCACUCUCAUGUCCUUCCUGCUGCUGACCACCCUCGUGCUUCUGAUUGGUAUGGUCUGUGCUUUUGCUACGAACCAGUACACACAUAGUCAGACAGGCCCCAGUGUGGAAGCUGUCCCCGAGACCCUGCUCAGCCUAAGAGGCCUGGUGUCUGAUGUGCCUGGAGAGCUUCAGGCUGUGGCUGAGCGGUUCUCUGUGCCCCAGGAGCGAGUCUCAAAGGACCUGGAUGGUGUCGGUGAGAACCUUGGGAACAUAAUUCACAACCAGCUCAAGAGCACAGUGUACCCGGUCCUAGCCUCAGUGCACAGCCUGGGCCAGACCCUGCAGGUUUCCACAGACCACCUUCGAGCCCUGAACACCACCUCUGUGGAGCUGCAGGAGGGGCAGCAGCACCUGGAACCGCCCAUGCAGGCACACCGGCAGCGCUUGCUCACCUUGCUUCAGGAGAGCUGGUGCCGCGGGAACUGCAAGGGUGCCCUAAGCCAGGCCAGUGCCCUGCAGCUGGGUGCUGACUUCAGCCAGGUGCCCCCUGUGGAUGAUGUCCUGCACCGGCUGAAGGGUGUCCCAGAGGCCAACUUCUCCAGCAUGGUCCAGGAGGAGAACACCACCUUCAAUAGCCUCCCGCUCCUGGUUGCAGUGCAGAUGGCCAAUGUGGUCCAAGAUCUGAAAAAGGCACUGUCUGAGGAGCCUGAAGGUGUGAGGAUGCUGGCCCAAGGGUUCCCAGGCUCAGAGGCAGCUUCCCGCUGGAGCCAGGCACUGGAGGGGCUGGAACAGCGCAGCCGCCCCUACUUACAGGAGCUGCAACAAUAUGAGAAAUACAGGUGGAUUUUGGGAUGUGUGCUGUGCUCUGCAAUACUGCUUGUGGUGAUCUGUAACCUGCUGGGCCUCAGCCUAGGCAUCUGGGGGUUGUUUGCCAGGGAGGACCCCAGCCACUCCGAAGCCAGAGGCGAAGCUGGAGCCCGCUUCCUCAUGGCAGGUGUGGCCUUCAGCUUCCUCUUUGCAGCCCCCCUCAUCCUCCUCGUCUUCGCCACUUUCCUGGUGGGUGGCAACGUGCAGACGCUGUUGUGUCGGAGCUGGGAGAGCGGCGAGCUGUAUGAGUUUGUAGACACCCCAGGGAACUUGCCCGAUUCCAUGAACCUGUCCUACCUUCUUGGCCUGCGGAAGAACAUCAGCGUCCUCCAGGCCUAUCAACAGUGUAAGGCAGGGGCAGUACUCUGGAAGGUUCUACAGCUCAAUGACUCCUAUGACCUAGAUAAGCACCUGGAUAUCAAACAGUACACCCAAAAGUUCCAGGAGGAGCUUCAGAACUUCAAAGUGGAUGUGAAGGAUCUAGACCUGUUGAACCCCGCUGCCCGCCGGGACCUGGAGGCUUUGCAAGGUAGCAGGCUGGAGAAAAUCCACUAUGGAAACUUCCUGGUACAGAUCCAGAAGCCUGUAGUGGAGACUGACAUGGAGCAGCUGGCACGGGAGCUGGAAGGACUGGCCCAGGCUCAAAAUGACUCUGUACUGAGGCAGCAACUACAGGAGGAGGCCAGAGAACUCCGAAGCCUCUACCAGGAGAAGGUCAUCCCCCAGCAGAGCCUUGUGGCCAAGCUCAACCUCAGUGUCAGGGCCCUGGAGUCCUCUGCCCCAGAUCUGCAGGUGGAUACCGCAAAUGUUCUUGGUAAUGUCACUCGUCUGAAAGGAGAGCUGCCUGCCCGGACCAGCCACAUCGUGAGGAAUGCCUCUGAGUGUUUCCUGACCAGGGAAAUGGGCUACUUCUCUCAGUAUGUGGCCUGGGUGAGAGAAGAGGUGACACAGCACAUCGCCACCUGCCAGCCCCUCUCUGCAGCCCUGGACAAUGGCCAUGUGAUUCUCUGUGACAUGAUGGCUGACCCCUGGAAUGCCUUCUGGUUCUGCCUGGGGUGGUGCACCUUCUUCCUCAUCCCCAGCAUCAUCUUCGCAGUCAAGACCUCCAAAUACUUCCGUCCCAUCCGGAAACGCCUCAGCUCCACCAGCUCCGAGGAGACACAGCUUUUCCAUAUCCCCAGGGUCACUUCCCUGAAGCUAUAGGACCCACUGUUUCUAACAGGCAAGGUGAUCCCUGGGGACUUCCUGUCCUCCUUCUUUGUCUCAGCCUGGACCAGAAGAAUUCUGUAAUCCCCUUCCCAGAGCGCAGGCUGGCCUCCAGGGCUGGCCUGUCCUCUCUCCUUCUCCAGCUUCCCUGGUGUCCCACCUUUGUGCUCUUCUCCUCGUGAUCCAAAUCAUCCUCCGCCCUUACUGAACAUAGCGCCAACAGGUUCUUCUGGGUACCUAACCCUUGUCCUCCUUGCUGUGGUAUCCCAGCAACAGGAAGGGCCUCUCUCCACCCAUGGGAGCUCCUCCCGUCUUUAGGUGGACUCAGGUCCUUCCAUUUUCCCCAUCUUUCUCCCUGCUUCCUGUCCAAGUCCCUUUCACCUUGUCUGAGUUUGACCCCCUCCCACCUGCCCCAGCGUCCUUCCUGGUCCCUCCCCAGCCCAUUGCUUGUUCUCUCCAUGGACAGGCCUGUCUGAGGGCUGAGCUGUCCUGUCUGCACCCAGGGUUAUAAAUAGCCGUGCCGGCCCCAUCUUCCCUCUGAGCACUGGCUCCUAAGAGCGAACCAGGGAUGUAGACCACAUGGGCCCCCUCUUUGCAUCAGAGGCAGUAGCGUAGGUGGCCCCACCAGGAAGGAUCUGGUGGUGAGAAAACAGUUUUGCUCUCCCCUUUCCACCCUGCGCAUACGGCCUGGGAUCACCCCUCACUUGUCUCUGCGUGGUCCCUACGUGCUGGACACUGGGUCCGGAAAGGACAAAGAAAAGACAGACGAUAUGGACGAGCCUCUGUUCCAUUAGCAUGUUGUCACUUCCCUAAGCUUUGCCUCUGGGUCCCUGAAGCUGGAUCCCUAAGGCUGAGGUUCAGUAAACAGCUUAAUGAGCAUCUGUGGGAAGAAUCCCACGGCCUCUCUGACUGCAGGCACCCUGGGACUGUGCAGCAAUUCAGUGUGAGGAGCAGAGCCUGCCUGGUCAUGUGAUUCACAGCCUGGUUCUGAUGCUGCUAGCUGGGGUACCUCAAAUAUGUGACGUAGGUCCCCCAAGCUGCAAUUUCUUUGAUAAAGUAGAGAGGCUCCUCAGAGCCUGUAUGUAGGGUUGUGAAAGCCAAACAUGAUGAGAGGAAACCCUUGACAGGGCUUGGUGUGAGCAAGUGCUGCUCGGGAGUUGAGAGCUAGGCUGAGGGCAGAGCCGGGGUCUGGGCAUAGAGGGGGUGCCCUUUAUGUUGGCAUGUUUCUGGGAAUGUUGGUGUGGAAUCGCAUCUUCUGAGCUAGCAGCAGUUUUGUUGCUGGGACUCAGGAUGGUGGUAACUGAUGUGCUAAGACUCCUACAUGUAUUC